AUGAGCUCGCCAUUGGAAUUACCUGCUUGGAAGAAAUUACAAGCUAUCUACGAUGAUUAUGGAAAGACUUUCUCAUCGAGAGAUGCUUUUGCUUCCGACCCAGACAGAUUCUCAAAGUUCUCCCAAACUUUUGAAAACUAUGAUGGGUCCAAGAUUCUUUUCGAUUUCUCCAAGAACUUAAUCGACGAAAAGAUCCUAUCUUCUCUCAUUGAACUCGCAAAAGAGGCUAAGGUUGAAAAGCUUAGGGACGAAAUGUUUGCUGGUGUCCACAUCAACACCACCGAGGACAGAGCUGUGUAUCACGUUGCCCUCAGAAACAGAGCCCUUAAGCCCAUGUAUGUUGACAACGUCAAUGUCACUCCCGAGGUUGACUCUGUGCUGCAGCACAUGAAGGAGUUUUCUGAGCAAGUCAGAUCCGGCGAGUGGAAGGGGUACACUGGAAAGGAAAUUACGGACAUUGUUAAUAUCGGAAUUGGCGGAUCAGACUUGGGUCCGGUGAUGGUCACGGAGGCUCUUAAGCCAUACGCUCACCCAAGACUUUCUGUUCACUUUGUGUCCAACGUUGAUGGUACCCACAUUGCUGAGACUUUGAAGAAAUGUAAUCCAGAAACCACAUUGUUCCUGAUUGCGUCCAAGACUUUUACCACUGCAGAGACUUGUGCCAACGCGAAUACUGCAAAGAACUGGUUCCUUCAAAGAGCUAAGGACGAGGCCCACAUUGCAAAGCAUUUCGUUGCCCUGAGUACCAAUGCCUCAGAAGUCGCUAAGUUUGGUAUCGACACCAAGAACAUGUUCGGUUUCGAGAACUGGGUUGGUGGAAGAUACUCUGUGUGGUCUGCCAUUGGCACCUCGGUGUGCCUGUACAUUGGUUAUGACAACUUUGAGAAGUUCCUCAGAGGUGCAGAGGCAGUCGACAACCACUUCACCAGCGCUCCUUUGGAGAAGAACAUUCCAUUGAUUGGGGGAUUGCUGACCAUUUGGUAUAAUAACUUCCACGGUGCUCAGACCAAAUUGGUGACUCCUUUCGACCAGUACAUGCACAGAUUCCCAGCUUAUUUGCAACAACUAUCCAUGGAAUCUAACGGUAAGUCAGUUAGUAAGGACUCCAAGUUCGUCAACUAUGAAACUGGUAUCGUUCUCUUUGGAGAGCCAACCACCAAUGCUCAACACUCGUUCUUCCAGUUGGUCCACCAAGGUACCAAAUUGAUUCCAGCCGACUUUAUUCUGGCUGCCAAGUCGCACAAUCCAAUCGAAGGAAACCUGCAUCAAAGAAUGCUUGCCUCAAACUUCUUUGCUCAGGCUGAAUCUUUAAUGCUUGGAAAGACCAAGGAGCAAGUUGAAGCUGAGGGUGUCUCUGGAGAUCUUGUGCCACACAAGAUGUUCUCUGGAAACAGACCUACUACCUCGAUUCUGGCUCAGCAAAUCACGCCAGCAACCUUGGGAGCCCUGAUCGCUUACUAUGAACACGUGACCUUCGUGGAAGGUGCUAUAUGGGGAAUCAACUCGUUCGAUCAAUGGGGUGUGGAGCUCGGAAAAGUGCUUGCCAAGGUCAUUUUGAAGGAACUCGAGAAUGAAAAGCCUGUGGACUCUCACGACUCAUCUACCAGAAACUUGAUCAACCAGUUCAAGGAGUGGGCUUAG